AUGGACUCGUCAACUCUACCAGCCGCAUUUCUACCCCCAGUCAACCGGUCGAUGAAAGUACUCGACAGGUCCUUCUUCCGCAAAACCGUAUUGCUAGCCGCAGCGUCCGUGUCUGAUGCCAAGCAAAUAUCUGAGGUUCGCAAGGCCAUCGUCAAGUCUGACGGUGCUCCUCUGCCCAAAUUUUUGCGAGACGAUCCAGACCAGCCAGGGACCAAGUGUCUACUGCUUCAUCCCAGACUGAAGCAGGACGAUCCCUCCACGUGGUCGACUGCUCUGCGUACGCUAUCAGAGAGCGGCCUAGUCAAAGUCCGAAAUUACAAGUUGGAGCUAGGGUACGAUGACUGGACUAUGCAUUCCAUUCUCGAGGCCAUCAUCCCCGAAAUGCUCGACGAUGAGCAAGAGUUGCCCACCGGCUUCGCUCAGGUUGGUCAUGUUGCCCAUCUAAACCUGCGAAGUCAAUAUCUCCCAUACAAAUACUUGAUCGGCCAAGUGUUGAUGGACAAGAAUCCUCAAAUCCAGACCGUCAUCAACAAAACUCUCGAUGUUGGCACAGAGUCCGUCUUUCGCACGUUUCCUUAUGAAGUACUGGCAGGUGAGGAUAACCUGGAUGUCACGGUCAGCGAAUCUGGCUGUGAGUUUCAAUUCAACUUUGGUAAGGUUUACUGGAAUUCUAGACUUGGCACUGAACAUGGCCGCAUUAUCGACAAAUUCAGCGAGGGCGAGGCUGUUUGCGAUGUCAUGGCGGGAGUAGGCCCAUUCGCAGUGCCGGCUGGCAAACGCAACAUCUUUGUGCAUGCGAACGACCUCAAUCCGGACUCUUUUGCCGGCUUACAAGCUGCCAUCAAGCGCAACAAGGUAGGAGAUUUCGUCUCUCCUUCUUGCGAAGAUGGGAGAGCAUUCAUCCGCAAAUCUGCCGAGCUCCUCCAGUCGAAGUCUCGAAGCGUUGCUGUCAAGCCCAAGCUCAAGAUCUCGCGCAACAGCUCGAGCGCUGAGAAGCAAGCUAUUCAAAAAAAGAUCGAAGAAGGCACUAAACUCCUACGGGAACCUAAGAGCUUCGACCACUAUGUCAUGAAUCUUCCCGCAACGGCCAUAGAAUUCCUGGAUGCCUUCAAGGGUCUGCUUCAGGGCCGCGAGGCUGAAUUUUCGCCGCAUACGGAGAGGCAUUUGCCUUUGAUCCACGUUCACCUAUUCCAAGCAAAACAUACCACAAUACCAGAAGAGCACGACGGUGUGCUACUAAGGCUUGCAGAACAUCUCGGUCACGAUCUAAGUCCUGCUUACAAGAGAGGCGAAGUGGAGCUAUUCGACGUCCGACUUGUGGCACCUAACAAACGAAUGUAUUGCGCUACCUUCCGCCUCCCAGCUGCCGUGGCUUUCGCAGACACCCCACCUAGCUAA